AUGGCUAUCGAGACCCCCUCGGUGGAGGGCAAAGCCCAUCAUUCAAAUCUACCACGCUCUCUUCCAUUCUGGCGACUCGUGGCCCAACCAGGCGCCAUCACUCAAGAGGUCGCCGAUUAUCCUUGCGCAGGGUCCGGCACCGAAGAGGAUCCGUAUGUGGUUCAGUGGAUGCCCAAUGAUUUUCGCAAUCCCCUCCAGCUAGGGACAGCGAUGAAAUGGUUCAUUACCCUCAUUGCUGCACUUGAGACACUCGUAGUCGCCCUCGUCUCCUCAGCGUAUACCGGUGGCGUCGUCCAGAUCGAGGAGCAAUUCCGGGUGACGACCGAAGUUGCGACAUUAGGAGUGUCGCUUUAUGUCCUCGGAUUUGCACUGGGACCAUUGCUCUGGGCGCCGAUGAGUGAACUCUUUGGCCGACAGAUUGUGUUUAUCAGCACCUAUUGUGGUUUGACCAUAUUCUGUGCUGGAACAACCGGCGCAAAAAAUAUCGAGACUCUGCUGGUGUUUCGGUUCCUCGCAGGGGCAUUUGGAUCCUCCCCCUUCACAAACUCCGGUGGGGUUAUUGCCGAUAUGUUUAUGGCGCGUGAACGAGGAUUGGCCCUGUCGGCGUUCGCGUUGGCCCCAUUCCUGGGUCCGGUGAUUGGGCCUAUUGUGGGAGGCUUUCUGGGGAUGAAAGCCGGCUGGAGGUGGGUGAUGGGUCUAUUGACUAUUCUGUGCGGCGUGAUGUGGUUCUUAGGCGCAGCAUUGAAACCGGAGACCUAUGCUCCAGUCCUGCUUCGACAACGAGCCCAAACGCUUUCCAAGCUCACCGGCCAAGUGUACCGGAGCAAACUCGACAUCGAUCAAGGUCAGACCACGGUCAAAGAUGCUUUGAAAACAUCCCUUUCCCGGCCCCUCGUUCUUCUCUUUAAGGAGCCGAUUGUUCUCCUACUGUCGAUUUACCUUUCGAUUAUCUAUGGAACCCUCUAUAUGCUGUUUGGUGCAUUUCCUAUUGUGUAUGAGAUCCAUCGAGGAUGGAACCAAGGUAUCUCCGGCCUCGCCUUCCUCGGAGUGAUGGUUGGCAUGUUCGGUGCCAUCGCCUAUUCGAUCCCUGAGAAUGCACGCUAUUCGAAAAUCCUAGCUAAGAACGGCGGUUACGCUCCUCCGGAAACUCGCCUCCCCCCUUGUAUGCUGGCUUCGAUUGCGCUUCCAGCUGGUCUGUUCUGGUUUGCAUGGACCAACUCUCCAUCUAUCCACUGGCUAGCAAGCAUCGCUGCGGGUGUGCCAUUUGGAUUCGGCAUGGUCUUGGUCUUCCUCAGUGUCUUCAACUACCUAAUUGAUGCCUACACCAUCUUCGCGGCGUCGGUUCUAGCAGCCAACUCUUUACUUCGGUCGCUCUUUGGGUUUGCCUUUCCAUUAUUCACAUCUUACAUGUAUCAGGAUCUGGGAAUCCAUUGGGCCUCCUGUGUACCGGCUUUCCUCGCACUGGCUUGCGUGCCUUUCCCUUUUAUCCUGUACAAGAAAGGAUUGACUAUUCGGAAAUACUGCAAAUACUCGGCCCAAUCUGAGGCCUUUGUGCAAAGCCUUCUUCAGAGCAUUCAGACGGCAGCCAAACCGUCUGAUCCGGAUCCAUCGACUGCAUCGGACCCAGCAGACACACGACCACCUCUGCCUUCACAAGAAAUUGUUCAGGCGAGGAAGGAACAUACUGCGGAGGUCAAUUCUGUUCAUCAAUCCCUGUCGCCGGCUUCCACAGAUACUGGGCCAGAGAUGCACCGGGUCCCCACAUAUGAGGCGAAUCCUUAUGAUGUCGAUCGUGUACUCACCCGCGAAUCCUUUAAAUAG